CUGAACGUUUGACAGUGCCGGGUCCGCCAGAAAUGGGAGGGCCCUUUACCGACCGCACACCACCUACUUCCACUUCUCCCACUUCUCCUACAGCCGCGACUCGUCCUCCCAUUUCUGUGAACACCAGGUUUAACAAGGCUUUUCUUAGUGGCUACCCAGAGUUCUCUCAGAUUUCACCGAGUCAACGGACGCCUGUGUCACCAGAGGAAUUCGUUUCACGACCUGUUCUCAAUCGUGCAGCCACAUUCGGUGGGAGUUCAGAUGACCCGUUAUUCGCCACACGGUCUUUUCUGAGCCCCCGUCGGCAUACAUUGGCAGUGCCAAACUCACCAGACCGCGAACCCAUAAGCCGACCAGGCAGCGCCCAGUCAAAUGUGUCUUUUGGACGAAAUUCGUAUCGAAAACACGAUGGACAAGCCCCACGCCCUCGCUCCCCCACUCCGAGUCUUUAUGAAAGCUCAUCAAAUAUGGGUGCUAUAUCUUCCGGUACCCUCGCCGCGGCUUUGGCAUCGGAAGCUGAUGGCUCACAGGCUCCCUUUGCUCCACGCACUUCAUCAUCGGGCCAUGCGCAUUCGAGGGACACUACUGGACCGCGUUUUGCUCCGAUGUCAGCGAAUGGAGUUAAACGUUUUGAUCGACAUUCCAGGGAAUUUGCCAUGAUCGAUGCUUCAAUAUCUGACUACAAGAUUAAAGCUUACCAAGUCCAAUACCCCAGCCACGACGGAACUCUCCCUGUAGGCUGGACGGCGCAUGUACACCCGGAAGGUGCCCGCUACUUCCUGCAUUCGCAAACAAGAACAUACACGGAGUCAGAUGUCUGUUCAAUGGAGGUAUUGAACGAUAUUAUCUACUUCUCCAAUUAUCUUCACGGAGAACUCCGCCUCGCCAUCGACAAAAAGAAGAUUGACAUUGACUACGACGAUGUGGAACUAGUUCUUGAGCCGAAGAAAGCUGAGGGUUCGGAGAUUAUAUGCUGCUACUACUUCGUCAACCCCGCAGAGAGAUGUCUUUUCUGGUUAGAUGAAUAUGAUGCAGAGGAUAUGCUAGGGGAAUGCCGGGGGGUUACUGCAUUAUCCCACAAACGUCUAGCGGUUCAAGCUCAAUACUGGAAGCACUGGGAAAUGUUUCCUAACCUUUGCAUGGUUGUGCAAGAAGUAUUAGAUGAGCUCAAGGAACUUAUGCUCCACGCUACUUGCGACCACCUCACAACCACACGGUCUGCAGCAGCAUUGAGCACCGAUGAACUCAAGCAGUACUUUGAGAUUGUGAAGUGGAUACGAGUGAACUCAUCCGGCGACAGAGCGCAUGCAGUGGUCAUCAUAGGGCGGAUUAUGCACACCUUCUGUCGCAAUCAGUACCUGAACUUCCAUGGUCAACCAUGUGCUCGGUUAAGUGUCGACCAGACAGUGCGCGGCUGGAGUUAUAAGCCAUCGAUUUACAUGACUAUAUUUGCUCCACUCCUUUGCAUGGCCCCCGUUGCUCACGUUCGAUCCCUGCACACUAGCUUUGUAGACGAUCUCGCAAGUACCUCAGAGUGGAAGAUAUUCAUCACGAGACUGAACGGGCAACUCCAGAAUCUUAACCUUCUUGGCACGGUGCUCCUUGGUGCCAACGUUGGUUUUCUUGCAAUUCAAACGGUUGACUCGGGCGCCGGACGUUCUCCGACGCAGAUAGCUAGUUACAUGUCACUGGUUCUUAGCUUCGGCUCUAUUGCUCUGGGUCUGACGUUCAUCACUCUGGAUCUCACUGGCAAGGAUCGUGGUUCUGAGGCUUCAAGGUUUUUGCAACGGAUGAAUGACGGAAAACGUGGCCUGGAAAAGUUGGCAAUUAUCUACAGUCUUCCUUACGCAUUGCUCAUGUGGAGUAUGUUGUUCUUCAUUGUGGCAUUCUCCUACGAAUGGUGUCGCCCUGGAGAUGCAGUCUCUAGGUCCAUCGUCGGCGCAGUACUACUGACUGUCUGCGGGCUCGUCGUCUGGUGCAUAUCCGUAGCAUCAGAUAAGCGUGCGCCGUGGUGGUGGGAGUCAGAUCAGCCGACAGUAGCCAGCAAAGAGACUACUAGCCAAGAGACCAACAAGCGCAAGGAUAUUAGCCGCCCUAGUCCGGCUUCUCGUUUGCGCAGCUGGUUUGCCUCUACGAAGAAGCGAGUUUCAGUGGUCUCUGUUCGCAGUAUACGCAGCGGACCACCGCCUCUUACCCGAGAGGUGACUCGGACAUCCGUACCGCUCAUCUCAUUUAGGCGCGCGACAGUGAGUCGGCAGGCUCCGCCCAAGAUCACCGUGACCCAGAGACCUGAAUCAGGGGAGGUAAACGGCGCGGCCCGUACCCCGGUAUCUGAGAUGGGAAUAGGCUACAUGAUGGCAUGAGAUGAUGAUUGUUUUUGAAACACAUCCUAGAUGAUAUGGUGCUCAUGUCACGUCGCGUUGAUAAACUAUGCAUUACAGACG